AUGAAACAAUGCGUGACGGAACAAGCCGAAAACGGUGUUGAAAAUAAUACGUGUAAGUUACCACCGGGAAAAUACAGGCUGGUAGGAUUUGAUCUCGAUUUAACGGGUCGAAGGUUGAUCGAUGAAAUUUGUCACAUCGCCGCUUACACUCCAAACAAUCAAUUCAGUCAAUAUGUGAUGCCAUUUAAAGAUUUAAAUGUCACAGCUAAAAACCGACAUCUUUUGAAAGUGGUCACCGUUGGAAAGUAUAGAAUGCUCAAAAGUGUUAAGACUGGAAAAAUAUUAAAAACGAGGAGUGAAAUAUCGGCUCUCACGGAUUUUAUUCAAUGGUUAGAAAAUUUGAAAACCGAAGGAAUCAUUCUCAUCACUCACGAUCAAAAGAAAACCGUACCGCCUUUCUUUCUCGAAGUAAUACGUAAAUAUAAGCUUUUCGAUAGGUUUUCCGCCGUCGUGAAAGGUUUUGCCAACAGUUACGUUUUCGCGGAACAAAAAUGCGCUCAAACAGUCAAAUCUCAUUCGCUGUACACUCUGGGCCAAGUUUUGCUUGAUAAAAAGGAAAAUUUGGAUAGCGCAGCCGAUAGAGCUCGACUAUCUUAUCAGAUCGUCCAACAGUUGUGUACCGGUGAAGAUGACAAAGGAAGCGGAGAUGCAUCUUCGUCCGAAGUCGAUAGUCCUGCCAUGUCGGAAGCUAUUAGGCAAAUCGCUAGUUCUAUCGAAGACGAAGAAAAAGAAUUGGCGGUACUUAAAAACCUCGUCGAAAGGCAAAACGGCCUACGUCCCAUUUUCGGUGACAUGUUUAGUAGUAGAAUGAGAUUAGAAAGAAAUCGCGCGAACACUCUUAGAAGGUUAAUAGCGGAAGCGAAUCUCACUUAUGAAAAUUUAGAAGAAGCCUGGAAAAAAGAUAAAAAGGAAAGUUUGACGGCUCUCGUAAAGGAAAGGAUAACAACGGCCAAAAAACCAGAGGAUUUAGAUGAUUUAACGGAAACUUUACUUCGUCAUUUCGGAUCCGAUAAUACCACAAAAACUCCACAGAAACAACGAGAAACCGGUUGGUAA